AGCCUCUGAUUGGCCAGGCGGGAGAAGGCGUGGUCUCCGCAGUCUGGUUCCGCGCGCCAGAGCGCGCUAGCCGCAUUGCGAGCUGGGCACGGAGCAGGCGCCAUGGUUCUGCUGCACGUGCUGUUCGAGCAUGCGGUCGGCUACGCGCUCUUGGCGCUGAAGGAAGUGGAGGAAAUCAGCCUGCUGCUGCCGCAGGUGGAGGAGUGUGUGCUUAACCUUGGCAAAUUCCACAAUGUCGUUCGUCUGGUGGCCUUUUGUCCGUUUUCUUCAUCCCAGGUUGCCUUGGAAAAUGCCAAUGCUGUGUCUGAAGGUGUUGUUCAUGAAGACCUCCGCCUGCUUCUGGAGACAUACCUGCCAUCUAAAAAGAAGAAAGUACUCCUGGGGGUUGGAGACCCCAAGAUUGGUGCUGCAAUACAGGAAGAGUUGGGGUACAACUGCCAGACUGGGGGCGUGAUAGCUGAGAUCCUUCGAGGAGUUCGUCUGCACUUCCAUAAUCUGGUGAAGGGUCUGACAGACUUGUCUGCUUGCAAAGCCCAGCUAGGGCUGGGACACAGCUAUUCUCGUGCCAAAGUUAAAUUUAAUGUGAACCGGGUGGACAAUAUGAUCAUCCAGUCCAUAAGCCUUCUGGACCAACUGGAUAAAGACAUCAAUACCUUCUCAAUGCGUGUCAGGGAGUGGUAUGGGUACCAUUUUCCAGAGCUGGUGAAGAUCGUCAAUGACAAUGCCACAUACUGUCGCCUGGCUCAGUUCAUUGGAAACCGCAGGGAGUUGAAUGAGGAGAAGCUGGAGAAACUGGAAGAGCUGACAAUGGAUGGAGCCAAAGCUAAGGCCAUCUUGGAUGCCUCUCGGUCCUCCAUGGGCAUGGACAUAUCUGCUAUCGACUUGAUAAACAUCGAGAGCUUCUCCAGUCGUGUGGUGUCUUUGUCAGAGUAUCGCCAGAGCCUACACACUUACCUUCGCUCCAAGAUGAGCCAAGUAGCCCCCAGCCUGUCAGCCUUAAUUGGGGAAGCGGUAGGUGCACGACUCAUUGCUCAUGCUGGCAGCCUCACCAACCUGGCCAAGUACCCAGCAUCCACAGUACAGAUCCUUGGGGCUGAAAAGGCCCUGUUCAGAGCACUGAAGACAAGGGGUAAUACACCAAAAUAUGGACUCAUUUUCCAUUCCACCUUUAUUGGUCGAGCAGCUGCAAAGAACAAAGGCCGCAUCUCCCGAUAUCUAGCAAACAAAUGCAGCAUUGCCUCAAGGAUUGAUUGCUUCUCUGAGGUGCCCACAAGUGUGUUUGGGGAGAAGCUCCGAGAACAAGUUGAGGAGCGGCUAUCUUUCUAUGAGACUGGAGAGAUUCCACGGAAGAACCUGGAUGUCAUGAAGGAAGCUAUGGUUCAGGCAGAGGAAGCGGCUGCUGAAAUUACCAGGAAGCUAGAAAAACAGGAGAAGAAACGCUUGAAGAAGGAGAAGAAACGACUGGCUGCACUGGCACUGGCCUCUUCAGAAAACAGUAGCACUCCAGAAGAAUGUGAGGGAGGAGAUAGGUGCUGAGAGAACUUGACCAAGAGCCCAGAAUGCUGGUUGUAGCACAUGGCCCAUUCCAUGGGCAAGUGUGCUCUGUCCUCGGCUGCCUCCCAGGAGUCCUCAACCGGGGGUAGUGUGAAUUCCUGCUCUCCCUGUUCUGUGUCUGGAGGUGAUAGUGUCUCAUGAUGGGGGGUGGGGGCAGGGAGACCACCAAUUAGGCAGUCUAGAAUUGUCACCCAUGGUUUUUCAUCUUGAGCUACUAGUUUUUCCAUCUCAGGGUCCCCUGGGAGCUCUGCAUGAUGUCUAUUGUGACCAGCGUACAGGGGUUUUCUCUAGGGUUUAAGAGGGCCGAGACGAUCCUCACACUGGGAUUUGUAGCUUUGAGACUAGCUUACCAAAGUGCCCAUGCAGCUAAGUCAUCAGAAGCACUAGGUUGUUCACUCUUUUGCCUGGAUUCUAAUGGGAGCUACAGCUUUAACAAGUAGUAUGGCAACAUGUUUCAUGUCUUAUUC